ACCACCUCACAAAAGCAGCUUCUUGCUUUUUCUUGCCAUCCUGGGACGAUCAGCUCCCUGCCUCCAGCCGUCAGAGUCCUCCAACCAGAACUGCCUGCUCUCUGCUCCCCGAACUCCUGCAGCUGGAAAUUCUGUGGGAAGCUGCUGUGGAGCUCCUCACUCUAUUGUCUGGGAUAGCCCGUUGUCCCUCCUGCCCACUGCAACUUUAUGUAGAAACCUCAGUGCUGCAGCAUGCACUGGCUCACUCGUAUGAGCAGAUCAGGGCUGCCACGUGUAGAUUUUUAGGAAAUUUGGAUCCAUUCAGGCCUCUCACACAACACACCCUAAAACCUGACAUUUUCAAAGCCAUGAUAAACUGCCUUAAUGAUUCCUGCAUGCCUGUCCGGCAGGUUGCUUGCCGGUCAGUUGGAAACUGGUUAGGCUAUAUUGCAGCUGGGCUGCAUAUGGACAGACCCAGUGAAAAGGGGAUACAUAGAGGGAGAUGGUGCAUAGAAAAGCAACAAAAUAAACAGACGUACUCAGAUAUUGAGGCAGCAAGUGAUUUGGAAACAUUAAGAGAGCAGAGAAUGGAGGAGGAAGAAAGAAGGUGGACACAUGAAGCCAGGAGGACAGUGGCCAUGCUGGUAACUCUAAUCUAUGAUCCUGAUGCCCUCACACGUCGUCACUGCUGCGCCGCCCUGGGAAACCUGCUAAAUGUUGAUGGAGCCAUAUCCUUGUUGCUGGAGGAAAAUGUGCCCAGCUUACUUCUAAGAACUGCAUGCACAGAUUACCACAGUGCAGUGAGAGAAGCUGCCAUAGGAUCUUUAUACCUGUACAGCCAGCAGGAUGCCAUGCGUCAGGUCCUGAUGUCUCUUGAUGCCAGUAAGAAGCUUGUUCAGGCUUCACAACAUGCUCCUCCACAGUGUGACUAUCAGCGGCUCAUUGGACAGCUGACUGCACCAGAAAAGUCAGCAGCUUAAAAACCUGCUCCCUGUUUAACUUUACGGCAACAUAUUUGUCUGAAGCCAUGUGUUAGUGAACGACCGAGUCCCCGUUUAUGAAUCAAAAUAAAA